CAAAAACUUUGGGCCACACAUUUUCCCAAAACCAAACAACAACCUCUCCAUUUUCUUGUUAAGCCACAAAAAUCCAAAACCAUGUGGGCUGCGACCACAGCCUCGCCCAGCCCCUCCUGCCGCCGCCGCCCGCUCCCAACCAAGCCGCCGCCGCUCCCGGCCAUCUACGCCAAGUCUCCGCCGCCCAAAACCCACGCCGAGAGCGCCACACCGGACAACAAUCGCAGCGUCAAGAGCCUGGGCCACACCAUUCUCUCCGCCGUCAAAUCCCCACUCCCCAACCAAAAACAGGGAACCCCAAAACAGGAAUCGGAAGCAGAGGCUGAGGCAGGGCAGGUACGUGGGUCGGAUGUGCUGUGGGCGCUGCAGAAGGCAGCUGCUGCGAAGGAGAAGAACAGGAGCAGACGAGUGAACGAUAAGAAGAAGAAAGAAGGGCCCUCCACUUGCGCCGAGCCUCAGAAUUCUGGGAUCAAUCGCGGAGUGAGGCCUCUGAGGAUCGGCAGCGAUUGGGGCUUCAGGCUCAGCGAGUUGGAAAAGCGCCUUCAGGAGAUUUCUGACACGGUUCUUUUUUGAUGGAUUACAUUUUUUUGGGGAAGAAGGAGACGGUUCGUGAGUUUGAAGGUUGCCACGGUAUUAAUUAUCGUGUCUCCCAAUAUAGCUACCCCUCAUAGUUUUAAAAACAUUAUUUUAUUUUUCAAUCCUAUUUUUUUUACUCAUUUUCAC